UCAUUUCAGGAUUAUCAAAAUGGCAGCCAUCGCUCUGCCAAUGAAUAAACUCAAAAAUGAGGAUAAUGGCAACGACAUAAGUUUAAUUCAGAGACUGAAAAAUGGGGAUACUCUCAAAUUUGUCAAUUCAUACCAUCGCAAUGAGCAAUUAAGGAAUGAGAAUUGGGUGAAGACUGAUAACAAUUGCUCUAGCCAAGUCGAAUACUACGAGGAAUUACCUGAAACUAGAUCAGUUAAAGCUUCUAACAAAGACAUUGCUUAUCAUAAUAAUCACGGUAAUGAUGCUCCUUUGAUGGUAUCUGACAUAGAGAAGAACCUGUUACCCCUGACUGCUGAGGGUGCAAAUGAGAACCUAUAUGAAUUAUGGAGACUACAUGAAAUUAUAGGACAUUGUGACAGUUACAUAUCUUAUUACUAUGACCUGAGGGAAAAUUCUUUAACCCAAUACUAUCAGUAUCUUGAAUUAUACAAUGGAAAUAACAGGUUUCCCUCUUCAUACAAUGGAGGUAUUACUGUCAAUCAGAAUGUCAAUCAGAAUGUGUCAUUUGAUCACGAAUCUUGCGACGUAAGUGUGCCUGUGUACCAUCAAGAAGCUCCGAAACCACUGAAGCAAGUGUCCAAAUUCAAUCAACAGAGGUCGUGUGAAUACUGGGAGGGAGUUUUACCCAAAAGAAAGAAAUUAUCUGGUGAGGCGAACCCUCCAGUUUAUAGCAGAAAGGUAUUUGUUGGAGGGGUACCAUGGGAUAUAACUGAGGAACAGCUCAGGACUGCUUUUGCCAAGUUUGGGAGUUUCAUGGUCCAAUGGCCUACUAGGGAUUCAGCUAGUGCCUCCAACGUUCGCAUCAAAGGUUAUUUGUAUCUGAUUUUCGACAACAAAGAUAGUGUGUGGAAUCUUGUUGAGCAGAUCAAGGAAGUUGGAGCAGAAAGCAAUGGGGGGUCAGUGACCUUCAAUUUCAGGAUAAAAUGCAACCGCAAUAAGCAUGUACAAAUAGUUCCUUGGAUAAUUUCUGAUAACUUUUGGGAGGAGAGGUGUUUUGAUUUAGAGGAAAAGAUCUGGACUAUAUUUGUCGGUGGGUUACAUGGCAAGUUGUAUGCACAAGCUCUUUUUGCCAUUUUUAACAAUUUGUUCAACAACGUUAUUUCUGUUAAAAUUGACACAGAUGAAUAUAAUUACCCAACUGGGUCUGGUAGUUUAAGAUUCAGUAGCAGAAAAAGUUACAUAAAAGCAAUCAAUGCCAAUUACAUUGAGGUGAAGACCUCUACAUUCGGUCCCAAGUCUAUCGAAAUUCAGCAUUACAUGGAGGACGAACUUUGUAGCAUUUGUCUCCGGUCUCCUGGAAAGAAGUUCUGUAAAACUGAGUGCUUCGAGUAUUUCUGUGAUAUGUGCUGGAAACACAAACACAAAUAUAAACCUUCAAGCCAACACGUUGCAGUCACAAGACACCACAAGAAUAAAGAGUCUGAAUUUACCUACUAGAAAACUAAGGCUUCAGCUAACCAGAUACUGAACUGCUAAUAUAAUGUCAAUUGGAAGAACUGAUAAGCUUUCAAUUCCACUCCAAGUGAAGCAUGCCAUGUUAAAAAUACACUUUGAACUUCGACAAAAACGGUGAUGAGAAAAUUACUUCAAGAAGUAGAAAAUUAUGGAACUGUUUUAUUCAUGAGUAUCGUAGAACGUGAUUAUUUCAAUUUCAUGAAUGACUAUUCUUGCAAAUCACUGAUCGUGAUCAACAAUGUGUAAUCUUAGGUGUUAUAAUUAUAAUUCUAUUUUGUUUUGUUACACUUCAGUUACAGAUGCAUUUAAUUUUGAGCCAAAUUUAGUAAAACCUUACAAUUUGUUAGUCAGGACUCAGGCUAGGUAGUGUGACCAACCUGUUUUGUUAUAAUGUACUUGUUUCUUUUCAUUAUUUCGUUAAAUUUGAGUCUGUGUUCAUCAAUAAGUGAUACUGUUCUGGAAAGCAAUAUCUAUACUUGGCAUUGAUUGGUAGUCACUAGUCAUUAGAUCAAACAAUGAAUUGAGCAUUUUACACAGUUAAAUUUAUUUUUUGCAGAACUGUUAGUUUUCUUAAAAUAUUCAGUACAGUGUGUUUUAUGACACAGCAAUGUUUUGUGUUUUUUGAACAAUAUAAUAUACAGUGUUGUGUGAUCAUGUCAAAACUGUUAUUUUGCUGAUUUCCUUGAGAACUUUCUUUGUUGUAGGUAACAUUAUAUUAAUGG